UUUUUGGGUGGAAAUAUGAAGGUUCUCUCAACGGGCUUGGACAAGUCCCGCUGUAGUCCAUCAUUCACACUAAUCCUAUAUCUACUUGUCUCUUCUACAGAGAACCAGAUCCCUCAUGGGUUCCCCAACAUAGACAUGGGUCCCCAGCUUAAGGUGGUAGAGAAGACCAGGACGGCCACCAUGCUGUGUGCUGCCAGCGGCAACCCUGACCCAGAGAUCACCUGGUUUAAAGACUUCCUGCCUGUAGACAUCAACAGCAGCAACGGACGAAUCAAACAACUCCGCUCAGGAGCCCUACAGAUUGAGAACAGUGAGGAGUCAGACCAGGGGAAGUAUGAGUGUGUUGCCAUGAACAACGCUGGAACACGUUACGCAGCCCCAGCCAAUCUCUACGUGCGAGUACGUCGUGUCCCUCCGCGGUUCUCCAUCCCACCCACCAACCAUGAGGUGAUGCCUGGGGGCAGUGUGAACCUGACGUGUGUUGCUGUGGGAUCUCCCAUGCCCUAUGUCAAGUGGAUCAUGGGAGAAAUCGAACUCACCAAGGAGGAUGAGAUGCCUAUCGGUCGGAAUGUUCUGGAGGUGACCAACAUCAAGGAGUCCGCCAACUACAGCUGCGUGGCCAUAUCAUCACUGGGCCAGAUCGAGGCUACCGCUCAGGUCUCCGUCAAAGCCCUCCCCAAGCCCCCCACCUCUCUCAUAGUGACUGAGACCACAGCCACCAGUGUGACCCUAAUCUGGGACUCUGGGAACCCUGAACCUGUGUCCUUCUUCAUGAUCCAGUACCGGGCUAAAGCGACCGACGCAGGCUUCCAGGAGGUGGAUGGAGUAGCUACCACUCGGUACAGCAUCGGCGGGCUCAGCCCCUACUCGGAAUACGAAUUCCGUGUGAUGGCGGUGAACAACAUUGGGCGCGGGCCGCCCUCUGACCCGGUAGAGACCCGUACAGGGGAGCAGGCUCCCUCUUCACCCCCUCUGGCUGUCCAGGUCCGCAUGCUGUCUGCUUCCACCAUGUUGGUCCAAUGGGAACCGCCCGAGGAACCUAACGGACAGAUCAGAGGGUACCGUGUGUACUACAGUUCAGACAUGAACGACCCUCUGAGUGGCUGGCAGAAGCACAACACUGACGACAGCAGACUGACCACCAUCUCAGGGCUGACCACUGAUAUCACCUACAGCCUCAGGGUGCUGGGGUUCACCUCUGUAGGGGACGGACCUCCCUCUGAUGUACUGCAGGUCAAGACCCAGCAGGGAGUUCCUGCCCAACCAUCCAGCUUCGAGGCAGAAGCAGAGUUGGAUACUCGUAUCAUGUUGACCUGGCUGUGGCCUGUCCAGGACACCAUCACUAAGUACGAGCUACAGUACUGGGAGGCUAACUCUGACAACAAGAUCCACGUGACUUUUAAUCCUGCGGGGUCAUACGCCGUGGAGGGUCUGAAGCCCGACACCCUGUACCGUUUCUCCCUGGCAGCCCGCUCCGAGUUCGGCCUGGGAGUCUACACACAGCCCAUAGAGGCUCGCACCGCCCAGUCCACCCCCUCCGCCCCCCCUCAGGAGGUGCACCUGUCCAGUCUAAGCUCCACCUCCCUCAAGGUGAGUUGGGUGGCUCCGCCCGCCGCGUCUCGCCACGGCGCCAUCGUGGCGUACACCGUCAGCUACCAGUCCACCGGUAGCGCCAGCGAGGACCCCGAGCGCCACGAUGUGUCGGGGAUCGGAGCGGACGCCUCUAGUUAUGUGCUGGAGGGCCUGGAGAAGUGGACAGAGUACCAGGUGUGGGUUAGAGCACACACUGAUGUAGGCCCGGGCCCAGAGAGCGCUCCGGUCAGGAUCAAAACUAAAGAGGACGUGCCAGGUGCCCCUCCCAGGAAGCUGGAGGUAGAAGCUGUGAACUCUACAGCCAUCAGGGUAACGUGGAAGGCCCCCCUGCCAGGGAAGCAGCACGGCCAAAUCAGGGGCUACCAGGUCAUCUUCUCCAGGCUGGAGAACGGGGAGCCACGCGGUCAGCCCAACAUCAUGGACGUAGCCCUGCCUGAGGCUCAGUGGAAUAUUGAGGAGUCCACAGAGUAUGAGGCCACCAUCACUGGUCUGCACUCCGAGACCACCUACUCUGUUACCGUGGCAGCCUACACAACCAAGGGAGACGGGGCGCGCAGCAAAGCUAAAGUCAUCACCACCACCGGAGCAGUCCCGGGUCGCCCCACCAUGAUGAUCAGCACCACUAACAGUGACACCGCCCUGAUCCAGUGGCAGCCUCCUAAAGACAUGGUGGGAGAAAUGAUGGGCUAUCAGCUGCAGUACAGACUCCGAGAGGACACGGCGUACACCUCACGGGAAUUCAAACGGACGGUCGACCACCACACCGUCACCGGACUGCUCAAGGGCGCCACCUACGUGUUCCGGCUGAGUGCGUUGAACCGCGCCGGUACCGGAGAGGCCUAUGUCAAGGAGAUCAGCACGCAAGAAGACGUGCCCAGCGGGUACCCCUUAAAACUCUGCGUGACAGGGUUGACCACGUCGACCACCCAGCUGGCGUGGGAUCCCCCAGCGCUGUCUGAGAGGAACGGGAAGAUAUUGCAGUAUGUUGUGGUGUACAGAGACAUCAACAGCCACACCAACAGCACCAACAGGACGGUGGACACACACAUGACCAUCCAGGGACUGAAACAUGACACCACCUAUGACAUCAGAGUCCAGGCGUUCACCAGUAGAGGAGGGGGACCCUUCAGUCCUAGUAUACAGAGCAGGACAACAUCUACCUCACCUGCGUUUGCCACAAGCUUCGGCGUCAAAGCCGUCAUGAAAACAUCAGUCCUGCUCACGUGGGAAGUGCCAGAAAACUACAAGUCCCAAGUGCCUUUCAAGAUCCUGUAUAACCAGCAGAGUGUGGAGGUACAGGGGAACCUGAAGAGGAAGUUGAUCACCCGACUACAGCCUGAUACAGACUACAGCUUUGUGUUGAUGUCCAGAGGAAACACAGCUGGCGGUCUUCAGCAGCAGGUGUCCAUCAGGACCGCCCCAGACCUCCUGAAGACUAAACCUGUCCUCUACUCUACUCAGCACAACCAGGAGGGGAAGCUCACUAUAGACCUGCCUAAAGUACAGCCUACUAGUCAAGUCAGAUGGUACUACAUCGUGGUGGUGCCUGUGUCCCCGUCGUCGUCACGGCGAUGGGAGAACCCCGACGAGAUGGACCUGGAGGAGCUGUUGGAGUCUGGCGAGGGUCCUGUCCUGCGUCGCAGGCGCCAGGUCGAGCCCACGCGGCCGUACAUCGCCGCCAAGCUGCCCUCCCUGCCCGCUACGUUCACCCUGGGAGAUGAGAAGAAUUACAACGGCUUCUACAACCGUCCCCUGCCGGGUCACCAGCGCUACCUGGCCUUCAUACUGGCUGCACUGAAGGAGCAAGACACGGACAACAGCGACAAACAUAGAAGGUUCUCAGCCAGUCCUUACUCCGACCCCAUCCACGUGUCUCCUGACGUGUCCAGGACUGCAGAGCAGCCAGAGAUGUUGUGGGUCCUGGGUCCUGUCCUGGCCGUGGUGCUCAUCAUCAUCAUCGUUAUCGCCAUCUUGCUCUUCAAGAGCAAGCAGGAAAGGAAGCGAGCAUCUCCCCUCCCCAAAGAUGACCACUCAGGAGGGGUGAAGGACUCACUGCUGGGCAACUCUUCCGACCCUGUAGAGAUGAGACGACUCAACUACCAGACACCAGGAAUGAGAGAGCACCCUCCCAUCACUGUGUGUGAUCUGGCGGACCACAUAGACAGGCUAAAGGCCAACGAUGGCCUGCGCUUCUCGCAGGAGUACGAGUCCAUAGAUCCUGCCCAGCAGUUCACCUGGGAGAAUUCCAACAUGGAGGUGAACAAACCAAAGAACCGCUAUGCUAAUGUCAUCUCAUACGACCACUCAAGAGUCGUCCUGACGUCUGUUGAUGCUGUUCCUGGUAGUGACUACAUCAACGCCAACUACAUAGACGGCUACAGGAAACAGAAUGCCUACAUCGCUACGCAGGGCCCUCUUCCCGAGACCCUCAGUGACUUCUGGAGGAUGGUGUGGGAGCAGAGGGCUCACACUAUCGUCAUGAUGACACGACUGGAGGAGAAGUCACGCGUGAAGUGUGACCAGUACUGGCCUGUCAGAGGGACAGAGACCUAUGGUAUGAUACAGGUCAGCAUGUUGGAUACUGUGGAGCUGGCUACCUACAGCGUACGCACCUUCGCUCUCUACAAGAAUGGUUCCAGUGAGAAGCGUGAGAUUCGUCAGUUCCAGUUCAUGGCCUGGCCGGACCACGGGGUACCAGAGUACCCCACCCCUAUCCUGGCCUUCCUACGACGGGUCAAAGCCUGCAACCCCCCUGACGCUGGGCCCAUGGUGGUACACUGCAGUGCGGGCGUGGGUAGAACAGGCUGCCUGAUCGUGAUCGAGGCCAUGCUGGAGCGUAUGAAGCAUGAGAAGUCGGUGGAUAUCUACGGUCAUGUGACGUGUAUGAGAGCUCAGAGGAACUACAUGGUGCAGACUGAGGACCAAUAUGUCUUUAUCCACGAGGCCCUGCUAGAGGCAGCCACCUGUGGCCUCACUGAGGUCCCCGCACGCAAUCUGUACGCACACAUCCAGAAACUCACCCAGCCGCCCACAGGGGAGACCGUCACCGCCAUGGAGCUGGAGUUUAAGAGACUGGCUAACUCCAAAGCCCACACCUCCAGGUUCAUCAGUGCCAACCUGCCCUGCAAUAAGUUCAAGAACCGGCUGGUGAAUAUCAUGCCCUUCGAGUCGACACGCGUGUGUCUGCAGCCUAUCAGAGGAGUGGAGGGGUCUGACUACAUCAACGCCAGCUGCAUCGAUGGGUACAGACAACAGAAAGGGUAUCUGGCCACCCAGGGCCCUCUGGCUGAAACCACUGAAGACUUCUGGAGGAUGCUGUGGGAACAUAACUCUACCAUAGUAGUGAUGCUCACCAAACUCAGAGAGAUGGGCCGGGAGAAGUGUCACCAGUACUGGCCAGCGGAGCGUUCAGCCAGGUACCAGUACUUUGUAGUGGACCCCAUGGCUGAGUACAACAUGCCCCAGUACAUCCUCCGAGAGUUCAAAGUCACCGACGCCAGGGAUGGCCAAUCCAGGACGAUCCGCCAAUUCCAGUUCACUGAUUGGCCAGAACAAGGAGUGCCAAAAACCGGGGAAGGAUUCAUCGAUUUCAUUGGCCAAGUGCAUAAAACCAAGGAGCAGUUUGGACAGGACGGACCAAUCACUGUUCACUGCAGUGCCGGGGUGGGCAGGACAGGGGUCUUCAUCACUCUGAGUAUCGUGUUGGAGAGGAUGAGGUACGAAGGGGUGGUGGACCUCUUCCAGACCGUCAAGACGUUACGCACCCAGAGACCUGCCAUGGUGCAGACAGAGGACCAGUAUCAGCUGUGCUACAGAGCAGCUUUGGAGUACCUGGGGAGUUUUGACCACUAUGCAACGUAACCACUCUGACCUGAGCAGCCUCUGGCAUGGCCACUGAGUGUCCCAUCUCAGCCACCGUACUUGUAUCAACCCAUCUGACCUGACCCUGCCAUUGCUACCCUAUCACAGGGGAGGAGGGCGGUGCCACUGUCACCUAGCGACGGGUUCAACCAAUCCCAGAGGUCUACUACUCGGAUUUACAACAAACAAAAAAAACACACAAAAAAACACCCUAAAGAUUGCUUUACAAAACAAACAACAAACAAUACCAUGACGACGACAGCGUUUUAUAUGGGGGCAAGCGACAGUUCUGACUGAGUUUCUGUUCUCCUUUCUUACUUUAUUAUUCUGAAAUAUCGUUAUGAAUAAUGUUCUUAUAUUUAGUUAAUCAUUUGUUGUGUUUUUUAAUAAUUGUUUUUAAUACCAUCAGACAUGUAUUUUGUCUUAAUGGCCUAACUGGGGCACAGCAUUUUAGUUUUUCCACCAUAAUUGGUAUGUUUAUUUUAGGUAAAAAUAAAUCAAAAUGUUGUAUGUUAUUUUAGGGACCUGUAUUAUCUACUUCCUAGACGUUAAUACAGGACAACCACUGUUUGUUCUCUGAAGCUGCUGACAGUUUUGACUUUUAUCAACAUUUUUAUUGUUUAUUAUCUAUUUUUUUUUGUAUUUUUCUUUUUAAAACGGAGCAAGAUUAACUAAGAUAAUACGCCUUUUCACUUUGCUGUUUCUUUUUAAAACGGAGCAAGAUUAACUAAGAUAAUACGCCUUUUCACUUUGCUGUUUCUUUUUAAAACGUAAGGGGGAAAAAAAUGACAAAAUUAUUCAAACGCAUACACCAACUGCCGCGAUACAGGUACUAUAUAAACCACACUAGCUAGCGAAAAACGUGACAUCAACUAACGACAACUAAAUCAGCAUUGUACAGAAACUCAAAGAGCACAUGAUGAUUUCAACAACAGAGAGAAGCCUUGAAGGCAUUGAGGCCUUCAAUAACCAGAGAAUGAAUCUGGAGACGAACGGACGAACAGACUUUUAUACCCAACGAGGAGUUGAACUUGAGAAUCAACUCCUGAAUCUCUGUAUGAAUCAUAUUAUGCCCCUCUAAGCCCCUCCUCUUUCCUUGGAUCCCAGCGAGCUGAUUGGUCAGUCCGCUGCCUGGGGGUUGGAACAUAGGGACUGCAGGAGCAGCUCCCUGUGGUGGUGGAGAGAGGAGUAGCAGCCAUUAACCCUGGCCCCCCUGUACAGAAUACUACGAUUACUACCGGCAGGACAGAGACACACAAACCCUCUGCAUCCUCCAACCGACCUGCUAUUAUUUUAUACAGAAAUAGAAAUGUUGACUAUAUAUAUAAUUCUGAUUGAUUAUAUAUAUAUAUAUGUACAAUUAUACAUAGAUAUAUACUGCAGCUUCAAACUAUAUUGUUAAAAUAAUUCACUCUCUUUACUUACCAGCAUAGAGGAAAUUAAAGAGAGAAAGGGAAAGAGAGAGAGAGUGAGAGAUGGAAGGAGAGAGAAAGUUAGUGUCUGUAUCUACUGGAUUACCAUAGCAACCUGACAGCCAGACAGAGUUGAGUUGAGAUCAGUGUUCCAUUUUUCAAUCCAGUCAUUUUUCAGGGAGUGAAUUCAAUUCAUGAAUCGAAAUUCAUUCAUUUAGUUGUAAUUCGAUUCAUUUAGCUGUAAUCGACUUCACUGAAACUGGACUUGACCCUAACCUUGCUGAAAGAUAGAGAGCAGGUUAUCGUUCUGUUAAAGAGAGUGAGAGAGGUGUAUAGAUGUGUAGUUCUGUUAAAGAGAACAGCAUAACCCCAACUGAGGACCACUCCCCAGCCUCCGUCGGGCCAACCGCCACCACGCCACACAAGCACAUCUUUACCCACAAGGCCGCAGGGCACGACGAUCCCCAAGCCUAACAGGACUGAGUCUGACAUGCUGGCUGGAAUAAACCACAAUGUUCAUUUAUACCUUGUGAAUGCUUAGUGCUGUAGGGGUUUCAUCUGUUGUAUACGCAGUCUGUUUUCUAUUUGUUGAUAAAAAGAACUGGAAUUUAAAAAAAAAAAAAAAUGUUGCUGGGGAAAAAAACUCGAAUAAAGUUGAAUAAUUGUUGUUUUUUUGGGGGGAAAAAUUCCUUUUGUUUGUGAUGUUUUUUGUCUCCCUCACAUUAAAUAAUGAUUUUGCUCUA